AUGAAUAAGAAAGCUAAGCUCUCUGGAGCCAGAGAGCUCAUUACCUAUUCAGUCUCUUCAUAUGCUCUUUUGGAGCAGAAUGCAGAGGAUGGAGAUUCAGUUCAUUGGACUUGGCUUUGGACUUCAAUCAAACUUGCUGGACCUCGUUUACAUGCCUUUAUCUUUUGUUGUUUUUAUUUUUCAUUUUGUAAUCCACACAUAUGGAUAUCCCAUAACUCGUGGUUUUGCCUCAUUCUCUUUUCUUUUUUUCCCCCCAAAUCUGCAUGCAGACGUGCAGCUGCGAUCUUCAAUUCUGCCUUUGGAAGUUUUCUGGGUAUCGUUGUAACGCCUCUGCUGCUUCUGCUGUUUCUUGGCUCCUCCUCCUCAGUGCCUUUCUCCUCCAUUUUUUCUCAGCUGUUUAUGACUGUCGUAGUUCCUCUUAUAGUUGGACAGAUAGUUCGACGGUAUAUUAAGGAGUGGCUAGAGAGAAAGAAGCCCCCCUUUGGUGCCAUCAGCAGCUGCGUUCUCCUCAUGAUUAUUUACACCACAUUCUGCGACACAUUCUCCAAUCCCAACAUUGACCUGGACAAGUUCAGCUUGGUCGUCAUCGUAUUUAUCAUAUUUUCUAUCCAGCUGACCUUCAUGCUUUUAAUAUUCAUCUUAUCCACUAGGGAGAAAUCUGGGUUCACGCCUGCCGACACAGUGGCCAUCAUGUUCUGUGCCACACACAAAUCCCUCACGUUAGGCAUUCCAAUGCUAAAGAUUGUAUUUGAAGGAUAUGAGCAUCUGUCAUUGAUAUCCGUCCCUUUGCUCAUAUACCAUCCUGCACAGAUUCUGUUGGGGAGUGUCUUAGUUCCUACGAUAAAGUCCUGGAUGACCACAAGGCAAAAGGCUCUGAAAAUGAUGAGACACCAGCCCGUAUAACUGGAUGGACGGCUUCUUGUCGAGAAGGAUGUUUCACGUGUCAAACAUAACAAUGCAGACGGAGACGUGCAUUUUGAAGAAUUGUGUUAUUGUAUUCCAUCUCCGUGGGAGGGGAUGACUACAGAUAAGUGCCUUCAGCUCAGAAGAGGACCACAGUGAAAACCAGCCAAUUUGAUGAUACAAGGCGGUUGGCUUCACAAGCCUUUGUUAUGCAAGCAAAAAUAUGUAUAUAUAAAUCUAAUUUUUAUAUGGUGAUAUUAAAGUUCAGUUUUGGGGCCAUACAAUCAUGACAUUGCCAAGUAUUACAAACUGGGUGGACAAUAAGAGGGCGGAAGACUUUAGGGAGAUGAUUCCAGGAUAGGUGUUCUGAUUGAGAGUUUUUAUAUUGUUAAUUGACUUAUUUUAUUAAAAUAUAUUUUACUUACUGUCA